AUGGUUUGGGGCGUGGAAAACGACCGGCCUUUCCAGAAUCGCGGAUGGUGCUGCUCAGAGUUCGCAAUUGCCCGCUACGCCAACCGCAUCGUGAAUUUGACAGAUGCGGCGGUGCAGGCGGUUUUGGAAAGCCGAGACUGGCCAAGUGGUGAUACAGUGGAAUCGGGCAAGAUGUAUGCAGACAUGAUGCGGCUGACACAUGACCAGGCAGAAGACGGCCAGGAUGGCCUGACGUACAACCAGACGCUUGGGGUAAGUUUCACCAGUAAGGGUGACCGCACAGCCGUGCGUUACAAUUUUUUCAAGAUGACAAUGCAAGCCUCCGACAUUGGCCUGGAUUAG